AUGGACUCUAUUCGCACUUCAAGUGCAACAUCCUCCGCUGCUCAGGAGGUCUCAACUGAGGCAUCUACAUCCUCUAUCCACCCAACUGACAGCCAUAUUCACUCCCCACCACCCACCCCAACUACUGUCAAGAAAAAGAAAGGGGGUAUUAAAUACACAUGGCACAAUGGUCAACAUGGAUGCAAUACCAUUCAAAAAAAGUUAGACUGGGUAUUUGGCAAUUCUAGUCUGUUCACUACUUGGCCGGCCACACAUGCAACAUUUGAGCCUCGCAAUAUUUCUGAUCAUAGUGCAAUGAUCACACGUCUUCACAGCCUCAACCAGCAACAAUACUCUUCUUUCAAAUUAUUGAACAUAUGGGCUAAACGAAGUGAUUUUCUUGCUACUGUUGCCUCCUCUUGGCAAGAACCGGUAACUGGAAAUCCUAUGUUCCAAUUCACUACUAAGCUGCGCCGUUUGAAAAAUGUUCUAAGGAAGCUUCACCUGCAUCACACAAGCAGCAUCACACACAGUGUAGCCAAAGCCAAAACAGAUUGGGAAGCAGCACAAUUUCAUCUAGAUGAGCAUCCAACAUCCUAUAGUGCACAAUCUAAUGAACGAGAAAUGGUUGCUCAAUAUAUGCAGCUUUGUAAAGAUGAGGAAUCCUAUUUCAAGCAAAAAUCAAGAGUGCAAUGGCUUCAAAUUGGCGACAGAAACACCUUAUUUUUUCACAAAUCUCUGCUCCACCACCAGGUAAGGAACAGAAUACAUAGCUUGCAGGAUGAAAAUGGGAUUCUGGUUCACGAUCCAUAUGACAUAGGGAAGAUGACAUCCACGUAUUUUGAGAACCUUCUUACAGCCCCUCAUCCCACAUUGACUACAGAGUGA